CCCCCGCCCCUCCCCCGCCCCCGCUCCCGCUCCGCGCCGCCGGGCCGAGCUGGGGCUGCCGGGCCAGGCCCGCCAUGGAGGUGGAAGAGGCGUUCCAGGCGGUGGGGGAGAUGGGCAUCUACCAGAGGUACUUGUGCUUCCUGCUGGCCGUGCUGCUGCAGCUCUACGUGGCCACGGAGGCCAUCCUCAUCGCCCUGGUGGGGGCCACGCCCGCGUUCCGCUGGGACCUGGCGGGGCUCCUGCCCAAUCGGAGCCUCGGCAACCGGUCAGCGGGGGACGAUCGCGCGCUCGGGGACUGGCUGCGGACCGCCAACGGCAGCGAGGUCCGCAAGCACGUGCACUUCAGCGGCAGCUUCACCUCCAUCGCGUCCGAGUGGUUUUUAAUUGCCAACAGAUCUUACAAAGUCAGUGCAGCAAGCUCUUUCUUCUUCAGUGGUGUGUUUGUGGGAGUUAUUUCCUUUGGUCAGCUUUCAGAUCGCUUCGGAAGGAAAAAAGUCUAUCUCACAGGUUUUGCUCUUGACAUCUUAUUUGCUAUUGCAAAUGGGUUUUCCCCCUCCUAUGAGUUCUUCGCAGUAACUCGCUUCCUGGUGGGCGUGAUGAACGGAGGAAUGUCGCUGGUGGCCUUCGUCCUGCUGAACGAAUGUGUGGGCACCGCCUACUGGGCACUCGCAGGAUCGAUCGGUGGCCUCUUCUUCGCGGUUGGCAUUGCCCAGUAUGCCCUGUUGGGAUACUUCAUCCGCUCCUGGAGGACCCUCGCCGUUCUGGUUAACCUACAGGGAACGGUGGUCUUUCUCCUGUCAUUAUUCAUUCCUGAAUCACCUCGUUGGUUAUACUCCCAGGGUCGACUGAGUGAGGCUGAAGCGGCUCUGUACCUCAUUGCCAAGAGGAACCGCAAGUUCAAGUGUACGUUCUCCCUAACAUAUCCAGCCAGCAGGAGCCACAGGGAGACGGGAAGUUUCCUGGAUCUAUUCCGUUACCGGAUCCUCUUGGGGAACACGCUGACCCUGAUGUUCAUCUGGUUUGUGUGCAGCUUCGUGUACUAUGGCCUCACUCUGAGCACAGGGGAUCUAGGCGGAAAUAUUUAUGCCAACCUGGCCCUGUCCGGCCUCAUAGAGAUUCCAUCUUACCCUAUCUGCAUCUACUUGAUUAACCAAAAAUGGUUUGGUCGGAAGCGGACCUUAGCGGCAUUUCUGUGCCUAGGAGGACUGGCUUGUCUUAUUAUAAUGUUUCUUCCAGAGAAGAAAGACACAGGUGUGUUUGCCGUGGUGAACAGCCAUUCCUUGUCUCUGCUCGGGAAGCUGACGAUCAGCGCGGCCUUUAACGUGGUGUACAUCUACACCUCUGAGCUGUACCCCACAGUCAUCAGGAACGUUGGGCUUGGAACUUGUUCUAUGUUCUCCCGAGUUGGUGGGAUUAUUGCCCCCUUCAUUCCCUCACUGAGAUACGUGCAGUGGUCUUUACCCUUCAUUGUCUUUGGAGUCACUGGCCUGACUUCGGGCCUCCUGAGUUUAUUAUUGCCGGAAACCCUUAACAGCCCAUUGCUAGAGACAUUUUCCGACCUUCAGGUGUAUUCAUAUCGGAGGCUGGGGGAGGAAGCAUUAUCUUUACAGACCUUGGAUCCGACACAGUCUGCAGACAAGGACAACACUUUAGGCAGUGAGAGUGAGGAAGAGGAGUUUUUCGAUGCAGAUGAAGAAACCCAGAUGAUUAAGUGAAGAGCCCCGGCUCCCCCCUCACAAGCAGAUGAUCUCCUUGCCUCUGGCAAAGGCAGGCUUUUCCAGGAAACAUAAGAAUUGUAGAAGCACAGGCUUGAACAUGCAUGGAAGGUCCUCAGCAUGGGCUCAUUUUUUUUUCAGGCACAAAGGACGGUGGAGAAGAGAUUUCAUGAGUGAGGACAUCACGGUACUGAGGGAACAGUCAUUCCUUAGUCCACAAUUCAGGUUUAUUUCCGAACCAUGGCUUCUGGCCAGAUAGCUCAAAUCCGCACGCCAGAGUGGAAAGCUAAUUUGUUUCUGGAAGUCUGACUGUGUUGCUUAUCCUUGAUCAUGACCUAAAGGCAGACAUGUAAAAUUCCUUCUCACCUCGUUAGUGGGAUAAGAUAACCCAUCCUUAAGAUUUCAUUCUAAUACCAUAUUUGACGUCUACCCCCAUCAUCUGUGCCUCACCAGGAAUCUCUUGAGGCCGGCUGUUGUUCGCAUUCCAGUUUUUUGCCAGAGGAAAAGCACUGAGAGGUGAUUGUAUGUGGCCCAAGGCCUCCAGCUUUACCCUAACUGUCCACCCCUUGCUUCCCAAGCUCAGGGUUGGCUUGAGCUCCUCGUGCCUUGAGUCCCACAGACGAUCGCCUAGGAAAAGCCAACUGUACUGAAGCGAUUUUCUGAGAGCCCGAGGUGUGGCUGCAGUUCCCUGUCCACUCCCUUUGACAGUUCAGACCUGUGUGCGUCUCCAGAAACUGGUCCAUCUCAGAUUCCAGUACCAGCACUCACUUCAGAACCGUGCUCGGUAAGGGAUGAAGCUUUGUGAAGGUGGAGGGCAGUUGCAGAGUGACAGUCAUGUUGGCACUUGAAAGGGGGCAGCUUUAUAAGGAAGAAAAGAAAAUGAUCUGUCACGGGUUUUUGUUUGUUCUGUUUUCGGCAUUGUGCAACGAGGCACUUGGGCAACCAUUAACUUGAACACUUCUGAUCCCAGAUCAGUCCCUGCCUCUGUAAUCAGAGUGAAAAGCAAGUAAUUUCAUAGGAAAUGUGGCUUUUUUCAUGAAGUACUGCCAACUUUCAAAUAAGUCUGUCAUACUUAAGUUUUCUAAAAUCAUAUGCUGGAAAUACCUGUUUCCCUUGAAACUUGAAUGCUAUCUCAAGUAGGAGUAGUAUUACCCUGGAAUCAACAAGUUUGUGCAAUAUGGCCUAAGGCUGCUUUCCCAACAAGGAACAUUUCUGUGUCUUCAGAAUUUCCGUUUUACUAACUCUGGGAGAAAGAGAAGUUGCAUUGGAGGUAAAGAGAAGACGUCAUGGGGCCUGCUUCUGGAAAUCUUAGAGGCAUCACCCCCACUUGGCUCUGACACUUUCCCGUCCUCUUCCAUGCUAACCUCUUGGUUUGCACUCGUAUCAGUACCUUUGUAUUUGUUAAAGUAUUUUUAUGUCUUUUAUGCCCUUGAUGAUAUUUUGAGCUCUUCAUAAAUAAGGGCCAUCUCUCCUGCUGUUUGUUUCUCCCUGCUAUGCCCAGAAGAAUAUGGGCCUAGACACAAUAAGGAUUUAAUAAAUAUUACUGUUUCUAACCAUCAAGAAAACUGUGGAACUCCUUACAGUAUCAUUUUUAUAAAUCCCAGGCAAAUGCAACCCAAACCCCCAAACUGUGGAAUCCUGCUUGUCCAUCUCUGGCAGAUGGAGACCCUGCCCCCGACCAGGAGAGGAAGAGAGGAGGAACUUACAAGGACACUUAGAAGGUCUUCUUAGUGGUUGGGCAUUAAAAAUAAAACACUGAACUAGCAUAUAUGUGCUCUUUGGUCAGUUGGAGCGCUCUUUGCAUUAUGAGAGUAAUACGUCCCAUUAUAGAAAAUUUGGAAACUAGAAGUUAAAAAAUCUAUCACCCAUAGGCCCAACACCCAGAGGCAACCAGUGUGAUGGCUUCUUUCUAACUGAAGACCAGUUGGGAAUCCAUCUCUCUGUUGGCACUGGGGUUCCCUCUGCCUCUGGCUAAAUAAAUGAGGAUUCCAUUAGUUCUAUCCCUGGGUCUCCUGCUUCCCCAGCUGUGGGGUGGAAAAAGGGAAGGGGGUUAUACAUGUUGCCUAAUAAGGCCAGGCAGGCUACCAACUGCUCGAGUCAGUGUGUCACUGAUAAGGUCGUCGUUUCUUUCUAGAUGGUCCUUUGGUGAAGUUUAAUAUUUACUGUUUUUUCAAUCUACCACCUUUUAUAAAGAGAUUUUUUUCCUUUUGAUAUUAAAUGUUGAAGAAUAGUGAUUAUAGAGAAUGUGUACCUGUGUAUAUUUGCACUGAUUAAAUGACUGGAAAGCUUUUAAUUUACAGGGAACAUAAUUUGUACAAAUGAUUUGUAAAAAGCAUCUUUUUUUAUUCAAAAUUAAAUUUCUCCUCAAAAACAGCAAGAAAAAUGUAAGACACAUAAGAAACCCCCAGUUUCUAGGGUCAAAGGUCUUAGAAUAGCUUGUCCAGAACCUUGGUACCAAUAUGUUAAAAGAAACAGUGUUGUAGUUUCCUGAUUUGGUGAGUUAAAACCAGUGCCCAUUGAAAAUGCAAUAUUUGUCAUUUGGCUGCUUUCCAGCAAUAUAGACAUUCUUUAGUAUUUAAAAAUAAGCAAAUAAAAUACAACAAAUAAGAAGCAAAUGAAAGUUUCUGAGGCACUGCUUAAGUGAAUAUAAUCUGGGCAGGUAUUUUUGUGGAGGUCAAAUUGAUGAAGGUACCGUUAGUAGAUUUAUAUUCUUUUUUUUUUCUAAGAUUUUAUUUAUUUGACAGAGUGAGAAAGCACAAGCAGGGGGAGCAGCAGAGGGAGAGGGAGAGGCAGGCUCCCCACUGAGCUGGGAGCCUGAUGUGAGACUCAAUCCGGGAACCCGGGAUCAUGACCUGAACCGAAGGCAGACGCUUAACCGACUGAGCCACCCAGGCACCCAGUAGAUUUAUAUUCUUAACAAAAACACUGAAGUAAUUGUCACUAGCAUAUCAGAAUUAUUAUCUUUUUCAAGAUUUUAUUUAUCUACUUGAGAGAGAGCACACAAAAGCAAGCGGUGAGGGGACAGGGGAGGGGCAGAGGGAGAGGGAGAAGCAGACUCCCUGCUGAGCGUGGAGCCCAAUGGGGGCUCAAUCCCAUGACCUGAGCUGAAGGGAGAUGCUUAAUCAACUGAGCCACCCAGGCACCUGCAUAUCAGAAUUAAAAUACAGCUUUCCAAUAGGACUUACUCUUCCAUUACAAAUUCUUAUUAGAUCAUUGGUUCUGAGAUUGGAAAGUUAUCUAUAGAGAAUUUUUUAAUUAAAUAAAGUGCAGAUAUUUUGGCUUCUUAUUAAUUUAAUAAAGAAUCACAAAGCAUAGACAUUUGUUGUUCUUAAAGAAUGUGUUAGGAUGUAUAGAAGCAUCUUUGACAAACUGGGCAAAUAUAGAAUCUGCUAGAAAUUAUGGAUGGUAUGUGGGACAGGGGCUGUAGCAAAGUUGGGGAGUCAUGGCACAAUAGGUAACUAUAAAAAUAUUUUUAGAGGGGCGCCUGG